AUGUGGGAUCUGGCGCCAGAAUUUGGAGCAGCAGUGGUAUUUGCUGAGCAUCGUUUUUACGGCAAAUCACAACCGUUCGGUAACAAGAGCUAUGCAAAUAUCAGAAAUCUUGGCUAUCUGUCAUCCGAACAAGCACUCGCCGAUUUUGUACUCCUCAUACGGCACCUCAAAAGUGAGGUUAAUUUUUGGCACUCUUUUUAA